AUGUCAGAGACAGCAACCCUUCCCCCUAGACAGGUCGUAUACUGCGGAGUCUGCAGUCUUCCCCCAGAAUACUGUGAAUUCGGUGGCACAACAAAGAAGUGCGAAGAAUGGCUCGACUCCAACCACCCUGACCUCCACUCCAAGCUCUACUCUGAAGACGCCGUAGCAGCCAACCUCUCCACCCUCUCCGUCGACGCACAAAAACGCGCCGAAAAAGACGCAAAAAAGAAAGAAGCAAAAGCCACCGCCGCCGAAGCCCGCCGCGCCGAAGAACUCGCCACCUCCAAAAUCACAAUCAAACGUGUAGAACGCAACAAGCGCAAACACGUCACCGAGGUCUCUGGCUUGGAAGCUUUCGGCCUCGACAUCAAAAAAGUAGCAAAAGAGUUGGGUAAGAAAUUUGCAACUGGAAGUUCUGCUACCAAAAUGCCGGGAGGUGUGGGAGAAGUUAUUACGGUGCAGGGAGAUUUGAGCGAGGAUAUUUUGGAGUGGUUGUGUGACAAGUAUGAGCAGGUGCCGGAGGAUAACGUGGAGUUGGUCGAGGAUAAGAAGAAGAAGAAUAAGGCCGAGCCGCCUAUGGUUGCGCCUCAGUAG